AAAAUCACGAACAUUCCAGCACUUACUGUUACCCCCUUCAACUCCUCCUUAAUUACCCCUUCCACCCCCUCUGCAUUCCACCAACCCAAAAUCGCAGUCACCGCUCUCUCUCUCUCUCUCUCUGUUCCAACCUCCGCAACAAACCACUCUAGUUUCUGGCGCCUUUGUUAGUUUUCGAGGGGUUAAUUUGUGGCAAAAAAAAAUGUGGCAAACGCCGUACCGGAAGAAUGACGUGGAAGCGGGGGUGAGGCCGCUGUACCCGACGAUGUUGGAGUCGCCGGAGCUCCGUUGGGCCUUCAUUCGAAAGAUUUACUCGAUAUUGACUCUCCAAUUGCUUCUCACUAUAGUAGUUGCCGCUGUUGUCGUCGCUGUCCGGCCAAUUGCGGUGUUCUUCGCCACCACCGCCGCCGGCUUGGCCCUCUAUAUCGUACUCAUCAUUAUGCCCUUCAUUGUGUUGUGCCCGUUGUAUUAUUAUCACCAGCGGCACCCGCUGAAUUAUUUUCUGCUGGGGUUGUUUACGGUUGGUCUAGCGUUUGUGGUGGGAUUGACAUGUGCUUUUACCAGUGGGAAGGUUAUUUUGGAAUCUGUGAUCUUAACAACUGCAGUGGUUGUGAGUCUCACUUUGUACACAUUCUGGGCUGCAAGCAGAGGCCAUGAUUUCAACUUCUUGGGGCCUUUCUUGUUUGGUGCUGUAUUUGUGCUCAUUCUUUUUGCCUUGAUUCAGAUGCUCUUUCCCCUGGGUAAGAUCUCAGUUAUGAUCUACGGGUGUCUUGCAUCAAUCAUAUUCUCUGGGUACAUCAUAUACGAUACGGAUAACUUGAUCAAGAGAUAUUCUUACGACGAGUUCAUUUGGGCUGCCGUUGCGCUGUAUAUUGAUAUCAUCAAUCUCUUCCUCUCCGUGUUAACUUGCUUCAGAGUUGCUGAUGCCUAGAGAGGGUCCCCUGCUAUUUUCCCACCCUUUUCUUUUCGUAUUGUGUUAGCUUUAAAGAGUAGGGAAAGUCUUCAAACUAUGUUGCUGUAUGAUGAUAAAUAAUUGAAUGUGAUAUAUGGGCACCAAGUUCAUCUC